UAGGCCAUCAAAAAAUGCUGACAACUCGAUUAGUGCUUACGAAAAAUAAUAAAUCAAUAUCGUCACCGCGUGUUUUAAAUCGAAACAGUUUUCAGUAGUGAAGAAUAAUUACGAUUUAAUAUCAAUAAUCGCAAUGUGAAUCGUUAAAUAAAUGUGAAUGAAACCCUCAUACAUAUCAACAAAUUGCAAUACACCAACAUAAUCAACGUAAAAUUGGUGUGAUUUAUACAAUAAGCCUUAAAGGAUAUAUUGGAAUAACAACCACAUCAAUGAAAGUGCAUAUCAAAGCAAUCGAAACACCACCAAAAUCAUAUCAUAGCUAAAAUCUCUUGAGUGAUACAAAGGAAUUCGUCUUUACCGCCAAGCCAAGCCUAGUCAAUACGUAUAAUAAUAAUUAUAUGUAUUUAUUGUACAUAUACAAUCAUAGAUGCACAUGAGUUAACGUUAACUGUAAUUGGAAGGAAGUCAGACUCAGCCCGAAUACUAGCCCACCGCACAUAUCACAAAGCAAUCGAGUCGUCGACCGAGUCGAGCCCUAUGAGUGCGUCUGAAUAAAGUUGAUUAACUCAAAUAAUGCACAUUCGAUAAUAUCGAUGUUACCAAAAGAAUUGAUGUCCCUCCAUGAUAUUCCAAAGCGAAAAGAAAAAAAAACUAUGGCGUUAUGCGUCAAGAAACAACCCGGCUACGUGCGAUGCGGAUGGGAUACCGACACCCAUGCAGCAACAACAGCCGCUGCACCCUCCACAUCAACGCCACCUUCAGAGUUGCGGCAGCUUCUGUUGCUGCUACGCGGAUCAGUCUUCGCUGAUGAUGAUGCGGCAGCCGAACAGCCCGUCCCCACCACCGUACAGUUCAAUACCCUCCAUAGACUGCUCAGGCUCCUAUCGCCCCACCCACAAGCAGCCCCAGCUGCAGCUGAUGAGCCACCCAAAUGGGCAAGAAGACAUUUCCGUGUCCGCCUCGGCGACCGAAGAAUCGAACUAUUCCUAUAUAAAAGAUGGAUGCAGUUACGCAAGCUCUGGCGCCGGCAUGUUGGUCGACGAAAACAGGUUCUGUCCGGAGUGGGCUCUACCGAUGUCGGCGGCUGUGCCGAUGCCAAUGCCGGCUUGUUCCAAUGCACAUUCAACGACAGCCGCGGCCACCUUUGCCACGACAGCGGCGAAGAUGUUUCGCAAUUGCUGUGGCGGCGGCGGAGACAGCAGCAGCAGCAGCAACAGCAGCAGCGGGACGACAACAGACUUCGGAAACAGAUUCUUUUCGAAAGCGAACCCGGUGCAGAGCAAACGCCACAGUCAGAGCCGACAGCGCACAGCCUCAUUCACACCCACCUGCCCAAUGCAUACCCAGUCGCCCACGUUGUCCCCAGCUGGGGCCGGGUCAAUGUCAGCGACAGCCUUGCGUCUAGAGACGGUGCACCAAAACUUCGAUGCAUUGCUAAAGAAGCUCAAGAGCAAACAGAUAGCCGAUCUACUCCAGGCCGUAAGAAGUCGCGUGGAUCCGCCUCACAAGCGAGACCCGCCAGACACGUCGAGCUAUCUGCAAUGCAUCCUAAUCAAGUGCAGCUUGCCCAUCGACAAGGGGCAGCAUGUGACCACGUGCCAGCUUUUUCUUUGGUCCGACCUCAUGGAUGCCGGCGAGCUAAGGCGUCUGCCCACUUGCCCCAGUGCUCGGGACUCCGUCUAUAUCUGCUGCAAUCCACUGCACUGGUAUCGGAUAAACUAUCCAAUCGAUUCAGAGUCCGCACCCCCGCCGUAUCAGCGAUCAAAAAUGCUGAGACUGAGAGAUCAAGAUACCGAGGAAUACACUCAAAACAACAACGAAAGCUCGUCGAUGACUGCGUGGGCCGUGCAGAGCAAUAGCAACAACAACAGCAACAGCAUCAUCAAACAAUCGGAGUCCCAGUUGUAUGUGCCGAGUCUUGAGUCUUUUACUACUGAUGGAAAAGAUCACAGCGCGAAUAAUAAUGCUUGGUGCCAGAUUGCCUAUUGGGAACUAUCGCAGCGCGUUGGAGACCUGUUCCACGCCAGAAGGUUGGCAGUUAAUAUCCACACAGACGGACCAGUGGACUGCACCGGAGAAAAUAUGUGCCUACGCGAAUUUUGUGGGAAGCAAACAUCGUCGGAUGCAGUCCAAAAGACGCGUCUGAAGAUCGGUCUGGGUGUGACCCUAAGUUUGGAGUGUGGGGACGUGUGGAUCUACAAUCGAAGCAAUGUGCCGAUAUUUGUGGACUCGCCAACGCUUGCCGAGCGCUUGGACCGGGUGUGUAAAUUGAUGCCUGGCUAUUGUCUCAAAGCCUUUGAAACACACAGGGCUCAAUGGCUGGCCGAAAAGCAGAUGGAACAGACCCAUUUAGGGCCAAUCGAUCGGUUUAGUAUGAAGAUCAGUUUCGCCAAGGGCUGGGGUAACAUGUAUCGUCGACAGGAUAUUAUGUGCUGUCCCUGCUGGCUAGAAGUGCACUUCAGCCAUCUGCGGUGACAUUGCCAGUCACCAGCUGAUGCCCAUAGCUUCGUAGCAGCGGCAGCAGCAGAAGUGUUACUUUUACCGGGGACAGCCAGCACUAGCCCGAUGGGCAGAAAGCCCUAUGUGUACUACCGGUAGCAACAGCAGCUUCAGCUAGUUUAGAAGAUGCGCAUGAGACUGGGUUAUGUAAGCA